CAUGAAUUACUUCAACUAAAUUAUCAAGUUGCCAUUGAAGACAAAAAGAGGCACUUAAGAUUUUCUAAAUGCUCUCAUGGUUUUAACGAAAACGGAAGUUAACUUUUUAAGAAACAAUGUCUUGUUAAAUGUUUAUGGUCAUGACUCUCUCGAAUAGUCAGAACAUUUACUUUGUUGAUGUCCGACUGCGUUUUUUUAUGUUGUCAUACUAUGGUGUGCGUAAUGAUGCUGUUUUUAUAUCAUAAUAAAAUAGCGAUGUAAAGAAAAGACAAGACAUGCAUACUACCGAAUCUGUUUCGUUAACCACAGAGACGCCUGUUACUGUGUCGUCGUUUUUGACCGGAGAAAAUCAUACGGACACGUUCAAAGGUACAACUGAAGAUUAUCUGGCCUCUACAGUGUAUUAUUAUUCAGACGGAGAUUACUAUGAGGAUGACUACACGGACAAGUUUUAUACCACGGAUAGCUACCACCUUGAGCUAUACGAAUUUGAAGAAGUGACACUCGGAUAUGUUCGAUCGAUUUUAGUUCUGUGCACGAUCCUUGCAAACAUUUUUGUAGUUACCUAUUUUCUGACAAGGAAACGGCGGGGAAAGGCUUCAAAUCUGCUCUUCGUGAGCAUAGCUUUAUCUGAUACGCUGACAGGAGUGGUAUUUUUGCCUAAUUCGUUCAGUGUCUAUUUGUCUGGCGAACACUACUUUUCAAAAUUUGAGUGUGAUACGUUUAUGAUUCUGAAAUUGUACUUCGCCCGAGUGUUCCACACAGUUUCAAUCUGGCAAACGGUGUGUCUUGGAGUUCAGAGGUAUCUUUGUGUGUGUCACCCAUUCAUAUCCGGACGGAUAUGUACAUUCUGGAAAACGCUCGUCGGCGUUGUGGUAAUGUACGCCCUGGCAUUUGUCAUGCAUAUAUACCAUCUGAUCAACGAAAAGGCGAAAGGUGAACAAUGUAAAUGGGAGACGGACUACCCAUGCAAGGAUGCUUGUCUGUACAUGUGGAUAUGUAUCGCAUUUAUGCACUUUCUUCCUGGCAUUGUGCUGCUAACGCUGACAAUCAUUACAGUCCUUGCAUUGAGGAAAGCUCAGAGGCGGGCCUCUACAAUUAUGUCUCACAGGAAAAACAAAACUAGAAAUUCUAAAGAGAAGAUAAUCACGAUAACGGCGUUCUUAAUUGUCUUCUGCUUCUUGAUUCCAGAAAUACCACACGGCGCAUACAAACUGUACAUAAUGUUAUCAAUCUACAUUGACAUUGUCCCAACACCAGAGGCAAAGCUAAACCACAUGAUGAUGUCCGUAUAUGAAAUUAUCCUUUUAGUCAGCUUCCAUGCCAAUUUCUGGAUAUAUUGUGCUAUGAUGUCUGAGUUCCGCCAGGCGCUUGUGAGAAUGAUCACCCUCGACACACGUGGCUUUGCAAGGCUACGCUCUUUCUCCACUUCGACAAUACGCAAGCACAAUAGUUUCAGGUCCACUGUUUCGAGAUCGAGUUCAAUUUCUAACCGGAACAGGGUCUUCAGUAGGACGACCAGCGUUCACUCGACAACGUCGGAGAAUAUUAACGCUGUUUAUCCAAAACUGAUGCUAAAUUACUCACCGACAAAAAAUCCAGGACCACCUGAUUUUCCAACAACACUAAAUAAGACUGAUGCUGAACAUGAUGACGUAUUUGUAUGAAACUAAACGGCUGACCAUAUCAUUUGUAUACUCACCUCUUUGAGUCUGAGUUUUAGACUAAGAUAAUGAAAUAUGAAUUAAACAAUACGUCAUUAAUAUCAUUUUAUUUGAUUAAAGGGUGAUCUGCUAAUAAUAACACUACUAUGAAUGUAUAAAAUAUACAGCAAUUACCAUUUUCAAUGCUUUACUAAUAUUUAGUUUACAAGAGAGUUAAGAUUUUCAGCUUCUAUUGCGCCACAAACUCAGACUCUAUUGCGCCACGAACUCAGACUAUAUUGCACCAAAAUCUCAGACUCUAUUGCGCCACAAACUCAGAUUAUAUUACGCCACAAACUCAGACUCUAUUGCGUCUUAAUCUCAGACUCUAUUGCGCCACAAACUCAGACUCUAUUGCGUCUUAAUCUCAGACUCUAUUGCGCCACAAACUCAGACUCUAUUGCGUUUUAAUCUCAGACUCCAUGCGUUAGUGAAUAUGGGCUCUACACGAAAUACUCAUGUGUCUGAUAUUAUUCAACUAUUCUUUAAUCUGAAAUACAAGGUUAUAUUUUUUGCAUGCUGGUUCUUUGUAUUCAUGAAAUAUAAUAAACAGAUCAUUGUUCUAUUUUAAAGUUGUUAAUUAUCUUUGAAAAUAUUAGUUGUAAAUGUACACCGUUUUAAAUGUUUGUGUGAAAUGAACAAAAUGUUUAUAUAUUUUCAAAACUCAACGUUCUGCUUGAUUUGCUACCUUCUGUCAUUAAAUAUUCUUGAAAAUAACAACAAAUUGUUUUUAUC